CCAGUCGUAGUUUUAAAGUGGUCUGACAUAGCAACCUCGGAAAAUUAAAAUUUUAUCUCUCGCAGUCGAAAAGCUGGGUCUUCGCUUAAAGUUUUCUCGUAUUUUGUAGUGGGCUUAAUCUUUAGGAAAAAUACUUUUAUUAUCCGGGACAUGUUUAUACAAAUUAGCCGGCGAAGAUUGUAGUCGCUCAUGAGAAUAUUUAUUUUUAUCUUCUUGUUACGGAAACCUGUUUCACUGUGUUCUUACUUUGAAUCAUCGGAAAAAGUUUUAAAACAGGAAGAAAAGAGGAGACUAAUCCAGACGCCGCGUUUUUCACUACUACAUCAGCCGACUUUUAAAAAGUUUUAAUAAAGAAGCGACAAACUGGCAUCUAGGGAUCCUGAGAAGCAAUCAAGGGCUUUAAUGGACACCGUUCACGAAGAAAAUAGGCAAAGAGAUCUUAGAAAGGUUGGCUUUAGAAGUAGAGAUCUCAGCAAUGAUAUAUCUGAAGAUGAUGAGCUUGAAGACGAGAAUCUUGCUCCUAAAAAAAGUACAACACUGGACCAGGACUAUUGCUAUCUACAUCCACCACAACUAUCAAUUACAGAAACAGAUGCACAACUGACUACAUUACCCUGUGACUGUAACCGUACUACAAAUAAUGGCGAUUCUAGUGCGUUAUCGUCUAGAAGACCUAGCGCUAUUAUAGCGGCGUUAAGGAGACCUUCACAGGUGGUAGCGCUUUCUGCAGCUCAAGCGGUAAUGAAUCAACGGCGCUAUCUUUUAACCAUGUUUGACAACUCCAAUCAAAACUUACGAAAAGAACAUAACAAGUUUGAAAAUAUUAAAUGGCGAUUUACCAACAGACUAGAGGAGAAUGGAUUCACUAUAAUUCUCUCAGCAUUAUACGCAAAACUAUUGGUAGUUUUAGGUAUCGCUUUUCCUAUUAUUGAAGUUAUCUCUGAUGAAGUACCCUCUUUUUACUAUCAAGGUUUUUAUUUGUACCUAUAUAUAGGAAGCAUUAUUUUUAUUACUUAUGAAUAUGUGAGUUUUGUCAAAGAGAGGGCAGUUAAUGAUAUUAUUAAAACAUUUAAUGAUAGUGAAAAAGGAGAAUGUUUAACCAAUUUUUAUCCGACUAGACCAGCAAAGAAGUAUGGUAGUUUUUUUUUAAGAUUAGGAGCCAUCGCUUUUGGUAUUGGAAGCAUGGUAUAUUCGGGGUUAGAGUUUGGCAAAUAUUUUGAGUUUAAACAUGUACCAGAAUGUAAUUAUACGAGCUUACAAGCUGUAACGCCUGCUAUGAGAAUGAUCUUGACUUUGUUGCAAGUUCAAUUUAUUUUCUUAAACCAUAAGGAUGUAGAACUUAAUAGACACAAAAUAAUCGGGAGAUUUGGACUAAUGCAUAUGAUAGCCACAAAUCUUUGUGAAUGGUUACUGGUUUUGGUUGAAGAAACUCAACAUGAAAUAAAUCAUUUAUCAGAACAUAGACAUGUUAUAAAUAAUAAAACUAAUAUAUCUGCAGAAACCAAUUACUGCCCAGAAGGUAGACUAAUGGGUUCACUCGUAACCAAUGCUAGCCCAUUUUUAUUUCCUUGUACUAUUGAAUAUAGUUUAAUUUGUGCGGUUAUUCUUUUUGAAAUGUGGAAGCAUAUACGCAUAAAUAGUGAACCUGAAAAAAAAAGGAAUGGAAAAGGAGUAUGCAAAAACAAAAAUGAUGAUUUUGCAUAUACGAAUUCUGGACAUCACUUUACAAUUGAUUGUUCCAAUUCUCAUAAGGGUCUAUUUGCUGGAAUACUGAUUAUUGUGUUAACAAUAAUCUCACUCGUAAUGUUCUUUGUCAUAACUGAAAAAGAAAAUGAGUCGGGAACAUCAAAUAACUACGCCGAGUUUCAAGUAAAUGUUGUGGAAUUAUCUCUUUAUAUUAUAACAACCCUCGCUGUUAUCAUCGCUAUGUUUCAGCUCAGAAAUCUAAAAUAUGCAAGAAAAAUUAGCCAUUCAGGCAUGGGACUGGAUAAUAUGCUACUUGCCGUUGCACAAACGGGAAUGUUUAUUUAUUCCUUAUUUUCUAUUAUUGGUUGGUAUUUUACCAUGAAAGACGAAAUACCUGUCGGACUUAUUGCUGAUAUAUUUUCACUUACCCAAACCUGUUUGCAAACAAUAUUUAUAUUGGAUGCUUGGUGGAGAAAGUGUAAAAGUCUUACUCAAGCUAAAACUAAGCCUGGUAGAGAACUAAUCAUAUUUCUAAUGAUUGCCAACAUGGCCAUGUGGAGUAUUAACACGUUGGAGAAAAACAGAGCUGAGUUUAGACAUACGCAUUUAAAAUUUUAUGGUGACUGGGCUUGGACGAUUAUUACUCAUAUAUCAAUGCCAUUGGCUAUAUUUUAUAGAUUUCAUUCAACCAUAUGUCUCUUUGAAGUAUGGAAGAGCGCCUAUAAAAUUAAAUCAAAUUUUAAAAAUCCCUUAUUUCCAGUAACGCAAUACGAUCAAAACGUUUAAUUUGUAAACAAAUGAAAUAAAAGUUAGCCGCCGAAUAUUUUACUAAACAUAAUAUGCGUAUUAAAAUUAGAACUGUAUUCCAUAAAAAAGUUUUAAUAGUACAUCUGACUAUAUCGAAAGUAUUCAUGGUCUCAGGUGGCCAGCUUUCUCAGACCUGAAAAUGUACGUCUUAACAGCUUUUGAGAUUACAAGAGGGAUACGAAAAUGGAGAAAAAUUGCGUUUGUUUUGUUUGGUGUAUGAGUUGUGCUUUUGGAAAUGUAAAACUUUUCUCUUUUGGAUGAUAUAGUAAUGAUUUGUGUAAAAGAUAUAUAUAUCAAGUAAAAUUGGGAUAUAUAAUAUGUACUAUUAUUAAUUAUACGUAUAUUAAUAAUAUGUACUAUUAAUGUUUUUAUUUUCCUAGAAAUAUAUUAUAAUUUAUAUAUUUAAUAACAAGUUCAAAAUAAAGAAUCUAUACAAAACUGCUUUAAGUCAUGUUAUCUUAAAAAAAAAAACCAAUUACGUUAAAUUUAAUUUAUUCUUGGUGUACCGGGUAUUUGGUAUUUAAUGUUGGUAUCAGAUAUAAGAAGAAUUCCAAAAUUUAAGUAAUAAAAUAAUUUAUUGAACUUCUAAUGUAUCAUAUACGAACCCAUUUAUUACAAUUACUUAAGACUACUAAAAACAUGUUGAUUAAAAAGUGUGUGUCAAACAUUUUAGUCUUUAUAUUAACAUUUCUGCUUAAAAUCGUUCCAGAAAUGUUUUCUUCAAAAUAUAAAAUACCAUUAAGUAUCCUAACAAAAAUUAUUAAAGGAAUUACUGAGCUCUUAAGGAAAGGAAACGAAAAAUGUAAAUCAUAAUUUUUGUUUUAGUAACCUAGUCAAUUUCCUUGUGAAAAUACCAUCUCUCCCAACUAAAUAAAAUAACCGUGAGCCAUUAGCCAUCAGCAGCGGCAAAAACCAAUAAAGGAAAUGAUAAAUGUAAUAGAAAUCGAAUUAAGGGGCGAGUGAACGAGGCGCCACCGUCGGCCCCCCGAGGCCCCUUUUGCUUCAUCUAAUUUCAAACGCAAAUUGUUCAUAAACGCAGCUCAUAUCCGGAAGGGAAGCUUGCCAAAAUGGCGAAGCGAUGAUUUUGGCCCGGCCGUUCGGUCGCUUGGAUUUCGCAAUUUAAGAAUUUUAGGAUAGACUUUUAGACAGACAAAUUUUACAAAAAGAGACUCUCUUUUGUUUUUUUGUUUAUAACCUUUAGUAAGCAGCGUUCUUUUAGAGGUUCUCAAUUUUGAGUUGACAAUACUGCUUUAUUUGACGACGAUCCUCCCAGCAAUUUUGUACAGUCUUAUACCUAGUCUCAAACUGUCCUAGAACGUUUGCUGUUGCCUGGUCUUCUGUAAUGAUUACGAAGGGUCUAUAUUUGCCUGUAAAUCUGUUUCAGGCCCAAGUUCAGCGCACAGCUAGCACGGCUACUGCUACCCCGAUUUUUGAUCGUGUGGCCGCAAUGUAUUAUACUGAGUAGCCGCCUAGCAGUUGAUAGUCUCAACUAGACUAGUCUCCCUCUGCACUGAAAUCAUUAAUUCCUUAAGGAAUUGUGACGGAGACGAUUCUGUUAACAAGGGUAGUGUCAUCACCAAACAGCCACGGGUCAGAUACAAAAAAAGCAUAUUUAACGAUAUUAAUGCAAAUAAAAAACAAGAGAGACUCCAGUUCCGACGCCUGAGGAACUACAUGAGGAUAUCUGAUGUUUCGGUGUUGUAUAAUGUCUACUGUCUACGACUCGUGAGGUAGCUCUGCCUCAGAUUCAAUUACACAUUCAUUUACACCAAAGAAUCCUAGUUUGUCCACCAGGACAUCCACCAAGGCCAGGGUUCUUGAUUUUUUGAGUCGGAAGCCAUAUUGAUGAGUGGCGGAGAAACCAUUUUCCUCAAUGGACUUCUGUAACAGCAGUGCUCGUCAAGCAGUUAUUGAAUAUUAUUGACAGUUUCAAAAUAAAUGGACUACUCGUUACAGGACAUUUAUAGAAGUACACAGACAAUUUCGGGAAUAUGAUCUGCGUGAUUAUCUUUUCGAUUGGGGAGUGAACUCUCCAGCGGACUUGGCAGUAGACAAGUAUUCAAGAUCCAACUAUCAGUGUGCGUCGAAUCUGUCUACAGAUUGUCUUUUCUACAUUUAUCUACAGAGACAAGUCGGAGUACCGCGGAUGACUGACGAAUCUUAAAACGUGAAGGCUUACAUGCGUAUCAUUAUCGUAAGAUACAGGGUUUGCUUAAAGCAGAUCACUAUACUUGUCUAGUUUAUUCUACCUGGAUAUUAAGACCGUCUCAUCUUAAUCUUUAUUUCUACAGAACAGUCCUCUAGACAGAUGAAGCGACAGAUUCAAGAUGUGGUAUAACAAAUUUGAGAAAACUGCAUAGGUGAGAACCAUACGUCCAAGUAAUUUUCAACAUGAAUUUUCUGUUAACGUUUGAACUACCCUAGUCGAUGAUUUGUUGAUUGGUCCUACAAGUUGAAUGUAAACAGUUACCUUCAAUUUCUUAUGGACAAACUGCAAGGACUUUUGAAGUAUGUCCCAUUGAUAAUUCUCCUACAUAAGUGAUUUUCAAAGGCAAGAUUUAUUUGAAUGUAUUCAACAGGCUGCUUAACAAAUACAGCAAAAUAGGGGCCAAAUACGGAUAAUUACGUCUUCUGUUGGCUUAUUUCAAACGCCUUCAUUCAACAAGGAAUGGACAUUUUUAAAAUAUUAUCAAUUGUUAUUUUUUUAAAUAAAAUAAUUUUUUAUUUACUUUACGAUUUUUUUAGUAUAAUUUUGAAUAAUGAUACAUGUGCGUAUAACUUUAAAAUAAAUAAAAAUGGAUAUACAAGUUUUGCGUUUUUUAACUUAAAAGAAAGUGUACUUAACGCUUUACAAAUUUGAACAUAACAAUACGGGACACCUUGUAUAUGAAUAUCUCAAAUAUCUUGAAGAAGUGUUCAAACUCCUAGAUAAACAAAUCUUAAAAUCCGAUCAGACAUAUGCAAGUUCCUUCUAAACUGAUCAUGCAACUCUAAAAUGGCAUCUUCCUUUCAAAAAUCUGAAGGGUCAAGUAGCAAGAUGGAUAGAGAGGCUUUAAUACAGAACACUGACUAGAAGAACAAAAGGAAGAUCCCGAUAUGCAGCCAGUCCUAAACUGGAUUAAUAAAAGAAAGAAGCCGAAUUAAAAAGAAGUUGUCAACUAUUCUCCCAAUGCCAAGUCCUAUUACGCACAAUGAGACUCUCGGUGGAAAAUAAUUGACCACGAAGGAAGAGGGAAGAAAGCAAAUUGUUGCGAGUGUCGGAUUUCAGAGUUGUUAGAGAAACGUGUCAGGAGAACAUCUUGUUGUAACAAAGACCUUGGGAAAAGUGAGGAAAAAAUUUGACUGAGUGAAUAGCAAGGGACUGGCGGAAUAUUGGCGCUACUCUUGUAAGGUAAAUAAAUCUUUCAAGCAGUCUAUACGUGUGGUAUGAAUCUGUUGACUAGUUAGGCGCAUCUAGUGUUUCAAUUCACAUUAAAACAUUUCUAAAUGUCACCUUUUUACAUACCUUAAAUUGGAAAAUACUAGUUUACAAUACAUUUUUAUAAUAAUAUUUUAUUAAUAUACAUUUUAAAAUAACUCUGAAUGGGAGUAAUUUACAGAUAAAUUACCAAAUCCAAAAAGCAAAAAUAAAGUCCUAAUAGUGGAGGCUGUGCGCGCAAUUAGCGGAAAUUCAUUCGCUGCAAACAAUAUAUUUUUAUCGCUUCGUACCGGGAACAAAUCGGUGCAAAAAUUGCCGGACAAUUAUCUCUGAAUUAUUCUCUGAAUUAAUUGGAUUUUACAUUUAUAGAAAAUCAUGAACUCAUAGCGAUUCGUUUUUUGCAAAACGAGCUAAGCGGUUAUAUAUCCUUAUUAAUUUAUUUGAUCUAUGAAUUUUUUGAUUAAGGCAUCCUCUUAAGCUAAAAUAAAAUCGAUGGUCUCAGUAGUUCAAUUACCGACCUGUCAUGGGCAUGGUCAUGUCUGACUUAUUUUUUUAUAAAAAAUUACAUAUUAGCACAUAUAAUAUAAACGAUCACAAACAGUCAUAAAAGUAUUUAGAUAGAACAAAACAUAUAAACAAACUAAAUUUUCACACUAAAAUAUUACAGAAGUCCUCAAGACAGUCAUGUCAGUCAGACAGGUAAGAUUGAAUCAGAGCAACACUUUCAUUAUUAAAAUUGUAGGAUCCUAGCAAGACAAUAUCUAUAACCACCGUCAUCUAUUUGCAAAAUCGACCAACUUAUGGAAACCAAAAGAUUGCAAGAGGAAACAAAGUUGCCUAAAGUUACUAUUAUUGUUAUGAAACUAAACAUAAUUACCUGUAAUGUUAUUCAAAAUCUUAGCCGAAAGCUGGAAAAAGGCAUCAAAAUUGCCCAGGAGUGAUCUCUUUACAGUAACUUACUGAGUUGACGAUUGCAUCAGGUAGAUACCAGUUAUUUCAUAUGUAAUCUCUUCAAAAUUCGAAAAUUGAUUCAUGUCGAGGCUUCUUAAAGCACUGCCAUUUUUAAUGCAUACUACCACACCUCCAUGGUCAUCUGUUUAUCAGCAAAAAUCAGAACCAGUAUUAAAAUCAUGUAUCUGAAAACUAAAAAGUUCAAGCUUGUUCAACCAAUGCUUAUUCACACAGAAAAAAUUAUUAUCAUUCUCCCCAAAGAUUAUUGAAACUUCAGAUAUCCUAUUACGUAUCUUUGUGUAUUAAUAUGCAAUACAUAUAUCUUAAAAUUAGAAAAAAUAUGCUUGUUUGUUGUUUAUCCUUGGUUACAGAGUCUUAUCUAAGGACAUUCCCCUGUCUGCGUUUCGGCGUUAAAGGUUCAAAAAUGGUUUACUCAACUUACUUUAGAAUUACAUCCAUAAUCUUGUCCUUAAUUCUAUAAGGUGCGCCAAGUUUAAAGAAUUUAAUUUGCCUUCAAGUUAUUCUUCUUGAGAAACUCGAGGAUAUAUUCUGCUUCUAUCCCUUUUGAGAUCCUUGACAUAAAAAAGCAGCCAAGUUUUUUUUUGCAGCCUUUAAGAUAACGGCCUUUUUGUUAGGCCCUUGUCGAUUAAUUGCUCAUUAUCUCAUUUUCCUUGAUUUAACCUAGAUCUAAGGAAAAUCAGUCAAGACAUAUUGAUUCCAACUUGUGGUGUUUUGUCUUGUGAUGCGAAUAUCUGAGUAUGAUGUGAAUAUCCUAGUAAGUCUGCCUUUUCCAUUACGGUUAUUGCAUCUUUCAAAGUCAAUGGUGGAAUUUUUGAUCUACAAAUAAUCUACAUGUGCAACUUUCUAUGUGCAGCUUUUUCUACCUAGACCAGAUUGAUCUUCAUCCAUUUGGAUAAUGCGACGUUUAUUGUUCACUCACUUAUUAUAUUCUUCUUUACAAGUAUCGCUCAUCUGCAGGCAUUUCUCAGGAUAAUAAAGUUGACACGCUUUGCAGGGCUUGGAUGUUGACGCCAUUUGCGAUAAGCAGCAUUUUUGUUGUUGACUGCCUUGGUACAAGUUUUAUCGAAUCACGAUUAACCCUGUGAAAGAAUUGCUUCUAUUGCAAAUGCGCUUUUGUUAGUGGCCACAAUUAAAGUAUUUUUUUAAAUUACUGUAAAUUAAAAUUUAGUCAAAAAUUAUUUUUUUGUGCGUGUCAAAUUUUUCGCUAAAAACAAAAUUUUUUUUAAAGAGAAAUCUCGUCAAGGAUUUUAAAAUUUCGGCAGAAAAUCUCUUAAAUAGAAUAAUGAAGACAUGUGUAGAAUAUUCUUCAUUGUUUUUGCCGAUGGAGACUAAUAAUUUCAAGAGAAUACUGACAGCUUCUUUGCCUGUGUUGCAAAUAUACAAAAAAUUUAAAUACAGGGUUUUACAAUAAUAUAACCUAAAUAACCUAAAUUGGGACCCUUAAACAAGAUGAUCUACUUAAAAAAAGACCCUAUAGGUGAAAAUAAUAAACUAAAUAUAGGUAGAGCCCUAAAUAAAGCAAACAACAUAAUUUACAUUUACAUUUUUAUAAUAAUAUCCCAAAUAAAUAAUAAACUGUUGAACUUACAAGAACAAAAUAUACUGUACUUAGUUUUUAAUGUCAUUCUUAGAAGGUCUGGUAGAAGAAAUCCCAAUAAUUGCAGGUUUCGUCGACAACGAACCAGUUGUAAAAAACGGUUACGCUAGUCGCGAAACCCGGAACUCAUGAGAUCCAUAGGUAAAAUGUCUGAAGAAUAUAAAGCCUGUAAUGUGAAAUAAAAACCUUUAAACCAAUAGCGCAAUGAAUAAUAGAAUAAAUAUUCUAUUAAAAACCUUACCUUUUUUUAAUAGCACAGAAUUGGGAAAUUACUUAUCACCGUUCGUCUGAAUUAUAAUUAGUAAAGUAAAGUGGAAUAUUGCCACUCAUAUUCGAUACUCAACUCUUAAAAUUAAGUUCGGAGUAUUGGCGCGAGAUUUAAAUUACACAUAAAUAGUUGUAAAUAAUAGCAAAAAAUAAACCUUUGUAGUAGUCGUAAAUGAUCGUCUUUUCGUAGUGUAAGUGGGUAAAUAAUUAAGUUGACUAUUUCUCACUGUUUUAAUUCUCACCUAACGAACGGUAACAACGAUACAAUACUUUUAAAAAAAUUAAAUUUAGAAUAUAAGGAUAAUAUUUGCGACUUGCGAGUGUAUAGCAAGGUCUGUUAGUCAGUAGCAUAUUAGACUAGGGUAAUAGGUAUUAUUAGCUAGUAUCAAUAUUCCUUUAGCAUAAAUAAAUAUCAAUAAAGGACGAACAAGCAUCUAUAACGUUCAUUAAAAUUAACAUAAACCUUUAAGCAAAUUCUCAAUGGAAGUAAGUACCACAUAUUUUCUCCAUUUGGUUUUUGUUAUUUUAUAAUUUUAUUUUAUUCUAAUUAUAAGAUAGAAAAUUAUGUAUAUUAACAAUUUUAUAACUAAAGUGUAGUAAAAUUAACGCAACUAAACCUUUAUGAGGCAACUAAAUUGAAAAUCGAUAGAGCCUCGCUGGAUUUAACUUAGGGUAAUAAUAAUGAAAAAGCGAAAAACAACCGCAUAAAGUUGGUUUUAUUUGGCGGUUUUUUUAAUAAAAAUCCAUUAUAUAGGGAUAAAUAUCAUUAUAUAGAGCAAUUUAUUGUAUUAUUUUUUUUAAAAUGUAUCUAAGAUAUAACUUUAUACUGUAAAUACUUAUAUGUAGAUUAAAAUUUAAUAAAUAAGAGUUAACAGAG